AUGACUUCAAACAACAAUUCCAUAAAUUGUCCCCCAUCUUUCAAUGGUGAAGGGUAUGGUUAUUGGAAAGAGAGAAUGAAAAUUUUCAUUGAAGGAAUUGAUUGUGAUAUUUGGGAUGCUAUUGAAAAUGGUCCAUUUAUUCCCACUCAUUUAGUCAAUAAUGUUGUGGUGAAUAAACCAAGAUCCCUUUGGACCAAAGAUGAAAAGAAAAAGGUUCAAUACAAUUUGAAAGCUAAGAACAUUAUCACCGCUUCACUAAGCAUUGAUGAAUUUUAUCGUGUAUCAAAUUGUACAACCGCCAAAGAAAUGUGGGACACCCUUAAAUUGACCCAUGAAGGUACUACCGAGGUCAAAAGGGCUCGGAUGAACACAUUGACUCAUGAGUAUGAAUUAUUUAGGAUGAAAUCGGGAGAAAGCAUCCAAGAUGUGCAAAAACGAUUUAUCCAUAUAAUUAAUCAUCUUAGAGCUCUUGGAAAAACUUUCAAUAACGAGGAUUUAAUUAAUAAAGUUCUUAGAUGCUUGACUCGAAGCUGGCUACCAAAAGUGACCGCUAUUUGUGAAUCUAAAGAUUUAUCUUUUAUGUCUUUGGCUACUUUGUUUGGAAAAUUGCAGGAACAUGAGCUUGAAUUGAAUCGUCUCAUUGAUAGUGAAGAAGGUGAAAAGAAUACGAAAGGCCUUGCUCUCAAAGCUAGAAUCAAUGAAAGAACUUCCUUCAAUCCAAAUUGCAACAAGUGUGGUGAAAAGGGUCACAUAAAAUCCAAUUGUCUUCUAAGUCAAAAGAGAUAUAGAAAAGGAAAGAGGGCUUAUAUCGCUUCGGAUGACAAAGAUACAAACUCAUCCAAUGAAUCAGAAAAUGAAGUAGCAUAUUCAUGUUUCAUGGCAAACCAUGAUGAAGAUGAGGUAAAUUCUAUUGAAUCGGAAUAUGACUUAACUUAUGAUGAGUUGUUUACUAUUUGUAAAGAAUUAAAUGAUGAGUCAACUAAGCUUAGAAAAAUUGUUUCUUCCUCUAAGAAAACUAUUUCCACUCUUGAAUCAAAAAUUGAUAUUUUAAACGAGGAAAUAGAAAUUCUUAAAGAGAAACAAAUUUUUGUUAGUGAAGUUUCUUCUUGCACUUCUUGUGAAAAUAAAAAGGAAAAUAUUUUCAAGUGUGAUGAUUGUAAUAUUUUGAAAAUUGAAAUUGAGGAUUUGCAAAACACACUUGCAAAAUUCACAAAGGGGAGAGAAAACUUGAACAUCAUUUUGGGAAAUCAAAAGGGAACGUAUAAUAAAGCCGGUUUGGGCUAUCGUCCAAAAAAUCAUGAAAAACUUUUUCGAAAAUUCUUUCGCCUAAACAAAACCUCAAGUUCUCCUUUUGAUAAAUAUUUUUAUUGUGGAAGAGAAAGUCAUACAUCCUCUAUUUGUAAUUUAAGAAAGAACAAUGAUAUGAAUGAUAAAUGGAAGUGGAUUCCAAAGGGCACUUUGCCUAAUGCUAACUCUCAAGGACCCAAAAUGAUUUGGGUACCAAAAGCCAAAACUUAA